CAGAAAAAAAAAAGUUGCCCCUCCAUUUCGACAACGCCUUGCUUCGCUUUCAGCCAACCAAGCACCUUCAUCUGUUGAUUUUGUCGCACACACAAUCGUCACAAUGGCUUCCGCUGCUCCCUCUGACGCCCCCAAGACCUGCAGGGUCAUUACCGCAGACACCAUUGCCAAGGGCUACCUCGCCGAAGUCAAGGAGACCCUUGCUGCCCUACAGGGCGAGAACCCCUCCGAGCCUACUCUGGCUGCAUUUCUUGCCAACGACGACCCUGCGGCUGUCAAGUAUGCUGAAUGGUCCAAGAAGACCUGUGAAGAAAAUGGCUUCAAGUUUGAUCUCCGCGUGGUCGACAAGGACGAUCUUGAGGAGGAGAUCAUGAAGGCCAACGAAGACAAGGCUGUCGACGGCAUGAUUGUCUACUAUCCCAUCUUCCACAAGAACCCCACCCACGACAAGUACGUUCAGGAGACUGUUGCUCUGUCUAAAGAUGUCGAGGGCCUCCGCCACCAGUACCUCCAGAACAUGUACCACAACAUUCGUUUCCUCGACGCCCCCGAAAACAAGCAAAAGUCCAUCUUGCCUUGCACGCCCUUGGCUGUUGUCAAGAUUCUCGAGCACCUCCAAAUCUACAACAAGAUUCUGGCCUCUGGUAACCGCCUCUUUGGCAAGACCAUUACCGUCAUCAACCGAUCCGAGGUCAACGGCCGCCCGCUGGCCGCCCUUCUUGCCAAUGAUGGUGCCACUGUCUACUCUGUGGACAUCACUGGCGUGCAAGUCUUUACUCGUGGCCAGGGUAUCAAGAAGCAGCGCCACCAGGUCGAAGACAAGGAGGGCUGGGGUCUCGAGCAGUGCUUGCCCUUGAGUGACGUCGUCAUUGGCGGUGUCCCCGUCGAGUCCUUCAAGGUCCCUACCGAGCUCCUCCGUGAAGGUGCUGUAUGCAUCAACUUUUCGUCUUACAAGAACUUUGACGGCCCUGCCAUCAAGGAGAAGGCCGCCAUCUACGUCCCUUCCGUUGGCAAGGUCACUAUUGCCAUCCUCUUGCGCAACUUGGUUCGCCUGAUUGGUAACCGUAUGGCUACUGAGACCAAGAACUAGAACAUUACCACGUGGAGCGACAAGCGAGAGUGCGAGAGAGCUAGAAGAAAAGAUACACAACGAGCAUUUGAUACUUUAGAAUAUUUGGGAUAUAUGAGCUAGAGAAGAAAUCACGGCUUACACGGCGUUAUAUUUAAGAUGGGUCCCGGGUGGCCUUUUUAACACUGAAAUACAAUCUAUUAUGGGAG